AUGGAUGACUCGACUGCGCUCGGCUGGGACCACACCAUGUGUAAAUCUUAUAGGUCAGAUGCAGAGGCAGAUGCAGACCGCUGGAUCUUCGUGGCGGGGCCAGGAUGUGCAUCCGCAGGAUCCAUGCGGAUUAUAUUUGAUCAAUGUGCUCAUUUCGCUUGGAAGCUACCCAGGGGGCUAGAUUGGAUGAUCGGGCGGAUGGGCGACUACCUGUAA